AAUCGGCAUCUAAUUGGUGGAAAUAUUUAAAUGCCUCGACGUUCUUUUCAAUUUCCAAACGGUUCUGAAACAUCUUUACAAAAUGGAACCCGAGGGUGAUAUCAACAUUCGCGAGGAAAUUGCUCAAAUUUUAGCGCAUGUGGCUGAGAUUUUUCACAGGUUAUGUCACACAGAAGAAGGCGAGAAUGUAUUUGUGCGAUGGCAGCCGAUCUGUCUUCGGCGAGACGGGCAAAACAAGAGUAUCGUGCGUUAUUUGGGCGACCACCUUCCUCGUGGUUUGGCAUUUGAUCCGUUUUUAUACCACUACAGGACGAUAAUGGAGUCGGUUUUAGCCAGAAAAAGUUUGAUAAGAGAAAUCGGAAAUAGGUUGCCAAUACAACCAGGAAAACGGCCAUAUUUCUAUAUGCUCCACAAACAGGCAUCCGAGACAUAUACCAGGGGCGUGAAGAAUAUCCACACUGCUCAAUUUAUCCAUAGUACACCCUGCAGAAACACAAUCAGUCCUGAAAGCUGCUCCAUUGGUUGGGAUACCAUCAAUGAAAGCUGCCAUGAGAAUACUUAUCAGAACUCAAUGGUUGUAUCAGAUGAUGCAGUUAGGAAAAUCACUGCAUUGGAAGAUGAAUUAAGCAGAUUGAGAGCACAAAUUGCUGGAUUUGUCCUGAAACAAGAAGACAAUUCAGAAACUACAAGUAUGGUAUUACCCCCUGCCCCACCUCCAUUACCUCCACCACCACCUCCUUUGCCCACCACUAGAGCAGUAUCACAAACUCCUAAAAAGAAAAUUGGAAAACCUCCCUCUGCUGUAAAUGGAAAUGUGCUCGAUAUGACGGCAAUUUUAAAAGAUCUGAAUCAAGUAAAGCUGAAAGCGGUCGAAAGGUCCCCGGGCGGUACGCCAAUCAGAAGACCUCCUCGGAAAACCAAGGCUGCUGAUCCCGCUUCCAUUAUCGCUGACGCAUUAAAAAGCAAGUUCGCCAAAUCGAGGCUGGCGGCUGCUUCACCUGGUAAAGAAAAUUUUCAAAGCAAUAGUCCUGGAAAUUCAUUCAGUAAUACGCCGAGUCCUCAACAUUACUUGAGAAAACCUCUUGAACCAAAGGUGAAUGAAAGACAAUCAUCGCCAGUGGAGUUUAAAACACAUUCUAUUCCCUUACGGGUCUGAGGAAAGCUUGAGGUCGCCAAAUAUUAAUUUAAAAGAAAUGAUUGAUUUCCUCAGCGCCAAGUAGAAGAAAAUGCCUCGCUUACGCUUACCUUGUAAAUAAAAUAUUUCACUCCAACAAGUAAACUCCAUACAGUGAAAUAUUAUUUUAUCCGAUAAUUAUAGAAAAUAAUGGAAUCGUUAGCAUUUUUAGCAAUUAGAUUAUCAUUAUUCUCAUAUGUUCUUUGAAUGGUGUUGUUAAAUAGUUGUUAAGUGUUUGUAUGAAUUACAUGGUGUAUAUCACAAACAUUUAACAACUAUUCUUCUCAUAGUUGAUAUUCUUAAACACAUUUAUUCGUUUCGUUAUGUUGACUUCAUAUUAUUAACAAUCGAAUAUCUUAUUUGGUAUUUUACCACAGACGUGUACAAGGUUACAUUUGACCUUUGCCUGUUCAGUAAUGUGUGCACAGGUGGAACAAAAGCGUGGUAAUAACCUAAGAAUACCUAACCAAAUAACUUGUGAUAAUAGAUGACUUGUAUAUAAUAACAGUUAGCAAAACAACUCGUUAAUGCAA